GGAUUUAGGGAUAGCCUGUUGACUAGUACGCCGCAGAACGACCACCGCACGUCUCACUGGUUGACACGUUGGUUGCGUUGUACCUGGUUCAUCUCGUCCCUCUUGCUCCCUCACUCAGCGGAUCCGUCUUUCUACCUUUUCUUUUCCUUGGAUGCCAGGCCUCUCUUCUGUACCAGCAAGGAGUUGGAGAGGAUGGGCGGUUGAGAACACGGCAGCAAUAUAGGGCAACGCGAUGAAGACGUUGAAUGAAAGGAAGUUUGUGGAAGAACACAUUGGCAUUUAACAGCUUUUCUCUCCCUGAAAUUGAGGACCGUUGAAGAGGAGGAGGCGAUGAAGGUGUAGUGUGGUAUAUGGUACCCACAGAAGAAGUUAAAAUAUUGAGGGUUGUUAAGCAUUUGGAAAGCUGCAGUCCAUGUGUUCUGGAACACGGAAGUCAGAGGUGUGGCCUGAAAAGAUUUAAUUGAGGACGUCUGGCUCUUUUAUCCGUUUGAACUUCAGCCAGGAAUCAAGUUGUAUCUAUCAAUUUUUAAAAUGAGUACUUCUCCGAACAAAAAAGGCAUUUUCCAGUCCAAGGUUUCAAGAUAUCCCACACAAAACCCAAAGACCUGAAAGAUUAAUUUGAGGACGCUGUAGACUCCUCUUUCUCAGGCUCGAAGCCCAGAUACUUCUCCCGGUGGUGCUUAAACUCCCUCACAAUGAGCGGCCUCUUGUCCCUCGGACCCGUGUCCUCGGCCCUGCUUCGCUCAGGGCCCGGCACCGCCACCACAGGCGACAAACCGGCACCCCCCGCCAAGGGCGCCUUCACCCCGGACGGCUCCAACGACGGGGACAAGGAGAAGGAGCAGCAGAAGGAGCUGGCCCUCUGUACAGUCCAGCACCGGGCCUCUCUGUCCCACCUGAUGGAGGACUACUUCUGGAUGGGGAGCAGCAUGGUGGCCUUCUCUCGCUGGAGGCUGGGAUACAUGGUGGAGAAAUGCAUGAGCUGCAUGCAGACCGGGACCCAGAUGGUGAAGCUGCGUGGGGGGUCCAAGGGCCUGGUGCGCUACUUCUACCUGGACCAACACAAGUCCUGCAUCCGCUGGAGACCCUCACGCAAGAACGAGAAGGCCAAGAUCUCCAUCGACUCCAUCCGGGAGGUGUGCGAGGGCAAGCAGUCGGAGAUCUUCCAGCGCUACUCGGAGGGCAGCUUCGACCCCAACUGCUGCUUCAGCCUGUACUACGGGGAGCACAUGGAGUCCCUGGACCUGGUGUCCGGCACCGGGGAGGAGGCCCGCACCUGGAUCACCGGACUGAGGUACCUGAUGGCGGGCAUCAGCGACGAGGACAGCCUGUCCAAGAGACAGCGCACCCGCGACCAGUGGCUGAAGACGACGUUCACGGAGGCGGAUAAGAACGGCGACGGCACCCUGAGCAUCAGUGAGGUCCUGCAGCUCCUCCACAAGCUCAACGUCAACCUGCCGCGCCAGAAGGUCAAGCAGAUGUUCAAGGAGGCAGACACAGACGACAACCAGGGCACGCUGGACUUUGAGGAGUUCUGCUCCUUCUACAAGAUGAUGUCGACGCGCAGGGACCUCUACCUGCUCAUGCUCACCUACAGCAACCACAAGGACAACAUGGACGCCAAUGACAUCGCCCGCUUCCUGGAGACAGAGCAGAAGAUGACGAAGGUGACCAAGGACCACUGCCUGGAGAUCAUCAACAAGUUUGAGCCAUGCUCACAGAACCAGAAGCAAGGCGUCAUGGGUAUCGAUGGCUUCACCAACUACAUGCGCAGCCCUGCGGGGGACAUCUUCCGUCCCGAGCACUACGAGGUGAACCAGGACAUGGACCGCCCCCUCUGCCACUACUUCAUCGCCUCCUCCCACAACACCUACCUGAUGGGGGACCAGCUCAUGUCCCAGUCCAGGGUGGACAUGUACACCUGGGUGCUGCAGGCUGGCUGCCGCUGCGUGGAAGUGGACUGCUGGGACGGUCAGGACGGCGAGCCCAUCGUGCACCACGGCUACACGCUCACCUCAAAGAUCCUCUUCAAGGACGUCAUCGAGACCAUCAACAAGAACGCCUUCGUCAAAAACGACUACCCUGUUAUCCUGUCAAUCGAGAACCACUGCAGCGUCCCGCAGCAGAAGAAGAUGGCGGAGUACCUGAGCGACAUCCUGGGAGACAAGCUGGACCUGUCCAGCGUCAAGGCCCACGACGGCGGACACCUGCCCUCGCCUGAGUCACUGCGGGGCAAGAUCCUGGUCAAGGGGAAGAAACUGCCCCCCAACAUCGACGAGGACGCUGAGGAGGGCGAUGUUUCAGACGAGGACAGCGCAGAUGAGAUGGAGGACGACUGCAAACUAAUGAACGGAGACACGUCAGCCAAUAGGAAGCAGGUCGAGAGCCUGGCCAAGAAGAAGCUGGACAGCCUGAUGAAGGAGUCUCAGAUCCGGGACAGGGAGGACCCUGACAGCUUCACCAUCGCCGGCCUGCCCCCGACCGGGAAGCCCACGACGGACCAAGGAAGCCCCAAGAGCAAAGGAGACGACGGCACCGACACGGCAGAUGAAUCCAACUCCAGCGGCACCAAGCGGGGAGGGGGUCGCUCCUUCAUGGGGAGCUUCUCCAAACGCAAGAAAAAGGCCAGUAAGCUGAAGAAGGCGUCCAGCCUGGAAGACACCGACACAGACCCAGAGAGUUCUAGCAGCGCCUCCCGAGUCCCACUUUCCAACAAGAAGAAGAAGACGAUGAAGCUGUCCAGGGCGUUGUCAGACCUGGUCAAGUACACCCGCUCUGUGGGCCUCAAUGACAUCGAUGCCCAAGCCGAAAGCCUCGGCUGGCAGGUGUCCUCCCUGAGCGAGACCAAGGCCCACCAGGUGAUGAUGCAGAAGGCCGCAGCCUUCAUCCACUUCAACCAGAGACAGCUCUCGCGCAUCUACCCUUCGUCCUACCGGGUGGACUCCUCCAACUUCAACCCCCAGCCCUUCUGGAACGCAGGCUGCCAACUCGUGGCUCUGAACUACCAGUCGGAGGGUCGUGUGCUCCAGCUGAACCGGGCCAAGUUCUACAGCAACGGGAACUGUGGCUACACCCUGAAGCCCACCUGCAUGUGUGAAGGUGUCUUUAACCCCCACCUGGAGGACCCCCUGCCAGGCCAGAUGAAGAAGCAGCUGGUCCUGAAGAUCAUCAGCGGACAACAGCUCCCCAAGCCCAAAGACUCCAUGCUUGGAGACCGGGGAGAGAUCAUCGAUCCCUUCGUUGAGGUGGAGGUGAUCGGCCUGCCGGCGGACUGCUGCAAGGAGCAGACCAGGGUGGUUGAUGACAACGGGUUCAACCCCAUGUGGGAGGAGACCCUGGUGUUCACCCUGCACAUGCCCGAGCUGGCCCUGGUGCGCUUCCUGGUGUGGGACCACGACCCCAUCGGACAGGACUUUAUCGGCCAGCGCACCAUCGCCUUCAACAGCAUGAUGACGGGAUACCGCCAUGUGUACCUAGAAGGUAUGGAGGAGGCCUCGAUCUUUGUUCAUAUCGCUGUUCAUGACAUCACCGGUAAGGCCAGGGCGGCCAGCGGCAUAAAAGGGCUUUUUCACAGAAACCCAAAGCAGUCUUCCCUGGACAGCCAUGCUGCUGCUCAGCUUAGCCGCAAGCACCCGUUUGGCGCCCACCUCCUGCGCCGCACUGCCAGCGCCCCCACCAAGGGCCAGCCCAAGGUCAAGAAGGGCCUGCCGGAGAUCGCCAUCGACACCAAAGACUACAGCUCGGAGGGCGCCAGCGAGGACCGCGAGUCGGAGGAGCAGGGCGGCGGGGCUGCCGUCACAGACCCCCAGGAUCCCACCACCCAGCAGCAGCAGCACCAACACCAAAACGGGGCGGCCCGGGACCAUCCCGGCACCACCAACGGGGCUUUGCGCCCGGAGGAGGGUAAAGAGUGUGUUGCAGAGCAGAGACCAGCGGCCCCACUCCCACACCUCCCACCACCGUCCCGCGAGGAGGCCAUCGACCGGGCCACCCGCCCCCCCACCUCCAACCCGGCAGCUCCCCCCAACAACCACCUCCACCCCCACUCCUCCGUCUCCCUCUCGCACCGUGCCCUUCCUCCAGCACCCCCACCCUCGCCAUCCACAGCAAUAACCAACGGUGCCACGCCCAUCGCCUCCCCUAACGUGGGGGUGGUGGUGUCGGACGCCCAGCCCAGUCACCCCACCACCAGGGGUCACCCCAAGAAACCCAUCGCCCCUCUCUCCAGGACCACCACGUCCCCCGGGACCCUCCUCCUGGCCCAUCGUCCCACCUCCCCCGGCGCCCUGCCCCAGUGCGGUCAGGAUCCUUGGGUUGCCAUCAGCACCUCCACCCCCAUCCCCACCGCCUCUUCCUGCACACCUGAUCUAAGGCAGGCCCCAAGGACCAACCCCGGAGACGCCCAGACCGGGCCUCUUGGCGGCGUCCCCGCCGCUCAAAGCACCGGUUCCCCCACCGUUCAGAAGACCCCCGUCAGGAGGGCUCUGUUCACGCCGCUGCCGUCCCACCCGCCCGUCCGGCGGUCGAAGAGCGAGGGGCACGUGCUCGCGGCCGUCCUCUCGGACGGCCGCUCGUGCGUGCCGGAGGUGUGCACGGACGCCACCAUGAACGACCGGCUGUGGAGCAAGGUGGACCCGGGGAGCCACCGCGACAGCAUGUCCUCCUCCUCCAGCAUCUCCUCCAGCGACACGGUCAUCGACCUCUCCAUGCCCAACCUGGUCCGCAAGGGCCUCAGCGGCCUGCCGCCGGGCAGCAGCAUCACCUCCUCCACCCCCUCCUCCUCCUCCUCCUCCUCGGCCCACCCGGACUCCCCCUGGGUCAGCUCCUGCCGCUCCUCCUACGACGCCGGCCCCCCUUACGACGGCUCUCCGGUGGCCAAGAGCAAGUCGAACCCCAACCUGUGGCCGGGGGCGUCCCGCCCGGACGACGAGCUCCACCCCCGCCCCCUCGGCACCCCGCGGGGAGAGCCCCCCCGCGGCGACUCCCCCCUGGAGGACUCCCCCGGCGGGCUGACCCAGCGGCGGCACACCUGGAGCCGCCUCUACAUGGACGGGCUGAGGCAGCAGUCGUCGUCCGCCGACGCCAAGAGGGCCUCGCUGGCCGCCCCGCCGCCCGCCCCCGCCUCCUCCAUGUCCAAGAGCCUGGGCGACCUGACGUCGGACGACAUCGCCUGCAACUUCGACAGCAAGUACCGCAGCAUCAGCCGCAGCUUCGUGCCGCGGCCCCCCCGCGAGCAGCUCCUCCGCCGGGCGGGCAGCCUGCACGGCGCGCGGCCCCCCAGCUCCCUGACGGAGCAGCUGCGGCGGCUGACGGACGUGGAGCCCCUGACGGCCAGCGACUUCUCCUCCCCGGCCCGCCACUCGGCCGGGCACCGGCCCCCCCCGGAGGAGCAGCAGCAGCAGCAGCAGCAGCAGCAGCCGGAGGAAGAGGAGCCGUUGGCGCGGAGGACGUCGUCCAGGAGCCAGAGCCGGGUGCGCUACAUCGCCAACCGGGCCAAGCAGGCCCAGGAGAGGCAGCGGCUGCAGGGCCUGGCGCAGGGCCGCAGCGGGAGCAUCGGCAGCCCCAUCGGGGAGCGGGGGAACCCCGAGGGGGCAUGCUGCGUGGCCCGCAGCCCCUGCACCAGCCACGACCCGCUGGGGCAGCUGGCGGGCCUCAGAGCCCCCCUCCCCAGGCCCCUCAGUGCCCCGCCCGACCCGGACAACAAGGAGGUGUUCUUCAUGCUCAAGCUGUGAGGACCGGGGGGGGCCCCGCAGCGAGGGCCGCGGACGCUUUCACAUACUGAUCAGAAAUAGAGCAAGAAACAAACGAGGCGCACACCUGGCGCCAAACCCUGGUGAUCUCUGAGACAUUGUGGCUGAAGCUGGCUCAGACCAUAGAGGCUUUUAAUCUUCCAUUAAGGCGGUGUCUUGUGUUUGUCACCGGACUUUUAAUGGUUGGGACUGAUGUGCUAACGCGAUGAGCCUCAAGAUCAACUCUUCUUUUUUACUAAAGAGAGCAUUUGAACAAUCCGUCCGAGCACUUUUUUUUUCUGUCUGCACCAAAUGUUUUAAUAAAGGCCAGAGUAGAGGAGACGAGAGGACAAACAUGUUUCUAUACGGUUGCUUAACCUUUAACGUGAUCAAUCCUGUUCGUCCCGAUACGUUUUGAUGUGAGCAUCUAGUAGCAAUAGUGCACAAGUUAAAGAAAAAAAAGAACUCUUGUGUCAUAGUGCAUUUGAUGGAUCAACAUUUCAUCUGAACACUUCCAAGUUCGAAGUCUUCAGUCGUAAGUUCCCCUCAGCAAUAUUUUCAAAAUAAUGGCGCUAAAAAUAAUGGCAAAAGGCCUACAAAUCCGUACACGUUUCUCCAUGGUCUUUUGCUUUGACCAAAACGGGAGGGGAUUUCUUCUCCCGCCCUGCAAGACGAAAAAGUCUCUGUUUGUCCUCAUUUCACGGCAGCAGACCCCAUUUUAUCUGAGUGUCUGUUAACACGGCAUGUUGCUCCUCAAAGAUUUUAUACUUUUAAUUAGCGGUACGGUCGUUUGCCGCUGCCCUCAUUUCCCCUGCUCCCAUGUCUUUCUUAUUUUAAUUUUUUUUUUAAAGUGUUCUGCAUGUCUUUAAUGCACUGUAAUAACUAUCUUAUCUGCAUCGGCUCUUCGUCGUUUUACCAAGAAAAGAGAAAAACUUUUUAUACGUUCUUUUUAGACUGUCAGACGGUUCUAGGUCGCAAUCCCAGUGUUCCGGCGGGUCUGUGGAAACAGGAAUGACUUGUGUCAGCGCACGUUUGUUCGUAGGACUACUGUCUUGGUUGCACAGCAAUGCACGUUUGGUGUGUGUGCAACAUUUUAGGGAAAAUAUUUAAUUCAGCUCAUGUAUAAUUAUGACCUAAAUAAACCUGAAAUGAACAUUAA